AUGAGCAGUCAGCAGGAGUUCUAUGGGCUUCUCUGGAUACUAGUUUUUUGGAUUCAGGAUUCCAUCGGGCAGAAAGUGCUGACUCAGACGCCAGAAUCUCUAUCAGUCUCUCCAGGAGACACAGUCACUAUCAAAUGCAGAGCCAGUGAAAGUGUUAGCAACUACCUAGCUUGGUACCAGCAGAAAUCAGGACAAGCUCCUAAGCUCCUUAUCUAUGGUGCUACCACCCUGCAAUCAGGCGUCCCAGCCCAGUUCAGCGGCAGUGGGUCUGGGACCGAUUUCACUCUCACAAUCAGCAGGGUUGAAGCUGAAGAUGCUGGAGAUUAUUACUGUCAACAAGCCUACAUCCCUAUCACGGUGAUACAGACCAAUACAAAAACCUCCCUGUUCCAGCACCACUCCAGUGGGCAGAUGGUGAUGACUCAGACUCCAGAAUCCCUGGCAGUGUCUCCAGGCGACAGAGUCGCCAUCAACUGCAAAGCCAGUUCCAGCACUAGCAACCACGUAGCCUGGUACCAACAGAAAGCAGGACAAGCGCCUAAGCUUCUUAUCUAUGCUGCUUUCACCCGUUACACUGGGGUCCCAGCCCGGUUCAGUGGCAGUAGCGCUGUCUCUGGCACUGAUUACACUCUCACUAUUAGCAGUGUAGAAGCUGAAGACGCUGGAGAUUACUAUUGUCAGUACACUUAUAGCUCCCCUCUCACAGUGAUACAGACCCGUACAAAAACCUCCCUGCCCUGUGUGGUUUCAGUUUCUCUCCUGUAA